AUGAACCCUAAAACCUAUAUUAAGCAUAGUGAGGAGAGAAAGCAGCUUACCCAGCCCUCAGGAAAGAUCAUCAACAACCAUAGUUCACUAAGUGUUCAUAGAAAGAUCCAGAGGCUGUUUCAGACCCAGACAGUCUCUUCUAUGAGAAAGAAUAUCUUUUGAUCAUCAAGGGAUGCUAAUAAGACCCUAAAACCAAGAGAUAAAUAUGAGAGCCGCAAGAAAAUGGCAAGGUUCUUUUCACCUCAAAAUCCAAGAUUUCGAAGAUUAAUGCUGAAAUUUUGAAAAAUGACCUCUCCACAGAAUGUGAGGUUCCAUUCCUCAAUUAGAAGAAGGAAGCAGAGAUCGAGAAAUCAGCAAAAAAUGGACAGGAUUGUAACUAAGCUUAAGAAAGGUAACAAGACUAUUAUCAGUCCCAAAUAAAAUCAAAUUCGAUUGCUUAUCCAAAAAUACUCUUGAAGGUUCAUUCAAAAGAAGAAGUUUGGUCAAGAGAAUAGUUGCCAAAAAGAGGCCACAUAAGGCUAAGAAACAAGAGCUGAAAGAAGCUUUCCUGAAACAUCUUAAGGCAACUAACAGGAAGAUCUCAUCUGGGUACAUAACCUCACAAAAAUCUUGAAUGAAUCAUAAGUCCCAAGCGGCUGUUCAGAAUAAUGCCAGAAAAGCUCAAAAGAAAGACAUUUCAAGAAUGAAGCAUCACAAAAAUAUAAGACGAGGAAGCUCCCGGACACCCUCAUAUCCCCCUUCCGGCCACAUAACAGUAUCUGCUCUGUCCGAUGACCCUAAGGCUGCACAGUCAUUUUCCCACGUUCCAUCACCGAAAGACCCUAUUGCUCCAAAUCCCUCAAUUUCCCCUAUAAUUCCCUUUUAAUUCUCUUUUAUCUACUUCUUGAUCUACUUAUGACGACUAGACUCCUGCUAGCACGACUGGGGAUCCUUGGACUUGUACUACGAGGUUUUGUGAAGUUUAAGGAAUUUUGGGGGUUAGUUUAAGUGUUUUUAUAUGGGUUUUGGGGAUUUGGGAUAAGAGUUGGGAGAAGAAGGUUUUUGGGGGGAAGAGGGGGUAAAUUGGGUUUUAGAGUGGAGAUAAGCGGUAUUGGAGGAAGAGAGAGGGUUUGAGGCGGGUUUAGGUUGGAUUUUUGUAUAAUUAGGUUUUUAGGGGAGUUUUGUAUCCUAUGUAGAGGAUAUCUCGAUUUGUUAGAAAAUAAUAUAAAUAAUUGAUGAAAUUUAUAUGAAUUUUUAACCCUGGGUUUAUAAUUUAGUUAUUUUAUAUGUUGCUUAAUGAAAUUAUUAAAAAAAAUGCUUAGCAGUAUUUAACUUGGUAAACUGGGAAUAAGAAUAUAUGCCAGAAGAAUAUAAUCUAAUCGAAACUUCUGGAUGAUUUCAUUAGAUUUUCAACUAAGCAAUCAGAAAAUAGAAGCUAAAGAUAAUUUAUUAUAUAAACACUCAAAAGAUAUGUACGAUAUAAAAGAUUUAGAGUAAGCUUCUUUGAGUUCUCCUUUGUGAAUUGUUCCAAAUCACAAAUUUCCCAUUUUCUAGGCUCGUUCAAUUUGUUAAUAAUAACAAUGAUUGAGUACCUUGUUGUAUUUGAAAAUAGGGGGUCCUUUAAGCAAAUAAAAUUAAGAACAACUCUGACACUAUUGAAUCUGCCCUAUGUGUAGUUUGGGCUUAACUUUAUUUCAGGAUUGAUUUCUCCCAUCUGAAAUUUAUACUUAAAAUCCUUCCUCAGAGCAUCA